AUGCCAGGCUGUACCACUGUUGACAAGAAAGUUAGGUCACUGCCUCGGCCCGGCAUACUAGGGAACGGGACGCACGCCUCCAUUCCCCAAAGGACUGAGUGUAGGCUGAGGAGGACCACCAUGCCUCCCCCCACAGGAGUCCCGGCCGAACCCCCUCCAGACGGUGGUUGGGGCUGGGCAGUGGUCUUGGGAUCCUUCAUCUCCAUCGGCUUCUCCUACGCCUUCCCCAAAGCCAUCACUGUCUUUUUUAAAGACAUCCAGAUAAUCUUCGGUGCCUCCUACAGUCAGAUAGCAUGGAUCUCCUCCAUCAUGCUGGCUGUCAUGUAUGCUGCGGGUCCUAUCAGCAGCAUCCUGGUCAACACGUACGGCUGUAGGCCUGUGGUCAUGAUGGGGGGCUGCCUUUGUGCGGUUGGAAUGAUCUCAGCCUCUUUCUGUAACAGUGUUCCACAGCUCUAUCUCUGCAUCGGCGUUAUUGGUGGACUUGGUUUAGCGUUCAAUCUGCAGCCAGCCCUGACGAUGAUCGGGAAAUAUUUCUUUAAGAAGAGGCCCAUUGCUAAUGGACUGGCCAUGGCUGGCAGUCCUGUUUUCCUCAGUACACUUGCACCACUCAACCAGUUCCUCUUCAACAGAUUUGGGUGGAGAGGCAGUUUCUUGAUCUUAGCUUAUGCUAAAGACAUGGGUGUGGAUGAGUACAGUGCUGCCUUCCUGCUUUCAAUCCUGGCUUUUGUUGAUAUGUUUGCCAGACCAUCCAUGGGACUGGUCGCCAACUCACGUUGGAUUAGACCCAGAAUCCAAUACUUCUUCAGCUUUGCUGUUCUCUACAAUGGAGUUUGCCACCUCCUGUGUCCACUGGCAGAUGACUACACUGGUCUGGUGAUUUAUGCUAUAUUCUUUGGUUUUGCCUUUGGAAUGGUCAGCUCCGUGUUGUUUGAAACACUCAUGGACCUGGUGGGAGCUCCAAGAUUCUCCAGUGCUGUAGGCCUCACCACCAUAGUAGAGUGCUGCCCUGUCCUGAUUGGUCCUCCGCUGGCAGGUAAACUGGUCGACGUCACAAAAAACUACAAAUAUAUGUACUUUUGCUGUGGAAGUGUUGUGAUUGUUGCCAGUAUUUGGCUUUUCAUUGGAAACUUCAUAAACUACAGACUGUUGGACCGUGAGCGUAAGCAGGCAGAGAUGUACAAGCGAACUGAGACGGAGGACCCGGACAAAGCUGAAGACCAAAAAGGAGCUGAUGCUGAAGCACAGCAGCUCUCACAGGAGCCGGAUGAGAAGAAAGUGGAAGAGCCUAUGCAACGGGAAACAAACAUGUAA